UCACAGGGCUAUACCAAAAUAAACUGACACUGAAAACUGAAGCUGUGUUCCGUUCCGGCCUUCAUAGAGUAGCAGCACUUGCCCCAACAGUCUGUUGAGGCUACACGGGGGUCCUUUGCCUUUGGUAUCGCCCAGCCCCGCCCCGCACAUGACAGGAGGCGGCCAUUUUUCCCCGCGAGUGGCCUCGUACCUGGACCGCGUCUUUGUUACACCAUGGCCCCCGGGCAGCCCUACCGCGUGUGCGGCGUGGGCCGUGCGGCCUGGCACGGCCUCGUCGCCGCCUCCCUGCCAGAGCUGCGGCAGAAAGCCUGGAAGUGACACCGCUAAGUGCAUCUUUGAGGCUACUGGACAGUUGGAGGUAGUCGCCAUCCAGCAAGCUGGCACAGGCUGCGUGAAGCUGUCUCUGAAUGCGGCUCCGGACAAGGUGGAGGUGGUGCUGGAGGAGGAUGGCACCAUCGUCGAUGAUGAUGAGUACCUGCAGCUGCUGGACAAGAACUCACGCCUCAUGCUGUUGCAGCCGGGAGAGCGAUGGGACCGGCCCCGUGUGGAUGACGAGGUGGAAACGGAUGGGAAGCCGCUAUCCCAGAGCGAAGAGGUGGCCCGAAUGCUGCACAGGGACCUCGGACUCAUCAUCAACCUAUCCGACUUGCAGCUGCGUGCGGUGGCGGAGGAGCAACCGGAGGUGCUCGCGCGCUGGCUGGGCGGCGAGGAGGCCGCCGAACUCGUGUCCGGGGCAUGCGGCCGCGUCCUGGACAACCGCCAGCAGCUCCGAGACGUCCACUCCUUCCUCGCCCUGUACCGCCGCGCCGAGGACCACGACCGCCAACUCCGCCGGGACCGCUCUGCCGCCACCGACGACGUCGCGGACGGCCGCCCCCGCCCUCCGCCCGUCGUCGACCCGGGCCCCGCCGAGGGCGACCGCCGGCCGGGGCUUCGGCCGUCGGACACCCUCGACGCGGCGCUGCUGGGUCAGCUCGCGGGCGACCAAACCGCGGAGCUGGGCCUCUCCACGGAGCAGCUGGAGCACGUGACGGAGGCCGGGGCGGCUGCCGUGGCCCACGGCCUCGGCGUGAGCACGCGGGACGCUCUCCCCGUCGUGCAAGCCUGCCGGCGCGAGAGGGAAUCGCGCCGCCAGCAGCUGCUUCGCCUCGGCCACGUCAGGAGGAGCAUCCCGGGCCCCGUCGACCCGGGCCCCCUCGACCCGGGCCCCGUCGACCCGGGCCCCCUCGACCCGGGCCCCCUCGACCCGGGCGUCCCCACGUCGCGUUCGUCCGUAGACGUCAAGUACAAACGGCCCCGUCCCUUCGAGGCGCUGCUGGAUCGGUUUGUGGACCGCCGACCCACAGAGCCGGGCCUCUCCAUGAACGAGCUGAAGCGCGUGAUAAAGGCCAAGAAUGUCGUGGCCCGCUACUUCGGCUUGAGCGAUUGUAACGCUCGCAGUAUAAUGCGGGCCUGCAAGAGCGAGAAGAAUUCACGCCACCAGCGGCUCCUUUGCCUCGAGCACAUCAGGAGCCUCCCGGGCCCCGUCGACCCGGGCCCCGUCGACCCGGGCCCCGUCGACCCGGGCCCCGUCGACCCGGGCCCCGUCGACCCGGGCCCCGUCGACCCGGGCCCCGUCGACCCUGCGUCGUGUUCGUCCGUAAACGUCGAGUACGACUGGCGGCGAAGGCUUCGGCCGUCAGGCGCCCUCACCGUGGCGCUGCUGGGCCGGCUUGUGGACCGCCGACCCGCGGAGCCGGGCCUCUCCAUGGCGGAGCUGGUGCAUGUGACGGCAGCCGGGGUGGCCGCCGUGGCCCACGGCCUCAACGUGAGCGAGUCGGACGCUGAUAACCUCAUAAAGACCUGCCAGCACGAGUGGGAUUCGCGCAACGAGCAGAUGCUCCUCUUCAACGACAACCCGGAACUUUCUCAGCGUUCACUGCCCCUGGUGCCGGACGCAAAGAGCGGCCUGCAAGUGCGCAAGCGAAGGAGCGCGGAGGACCGGGGCCGCAGCGGGUGGCCGGGAGAGCAGCAGAAGGAGCAAGAGGAGGGGGGCCCGGACUGUGCAGAAGUGCAACAGAAAAGGCUCUCGUUAUCAUUGGCCGAUUCUCCUCCUGACUUGCUCGAGACCAUGCAGCCGAUGGUGCCCUGAAUUCUUCUCGCUCUUGACUGUGGCCGGGAUCUCUCUGUGUGGAUAACUGGAGCGUGCGUUCAUGUUUUGUUCACGAUGAGAGUUCGCUGCUGCUGCUGCAGUCCCCUCUUUCCUCCCGUGACGGCGGUGCAUGGAGGUCUCGAAGGAGGUCUCUCUACCGCCUCGUCACCCUGUCCGUUCGGGACUCUGUUCCAUUGGGGAAAGAGCUAUUAGUUGGAAGAACCUAUGAAGGCCGACAGGGCACAUGACGGGUUGGAUGGCCAGCACCGCGCGUGACCACCUUUGUCUCUUGCAUGGCGAUGUUUACACACCAUGCCAAGUACUCAUUUGAGGCCGAGUAGACCUAGCGGAUGCCCAGGACCGGUUCAGAUAAUUGUUACUGCUGUUGGCCGUGAGCAUCAAUCGCACUCGGGUUGCCAGGUUCGUAGUGCAGCGCGCUAACUGCGACACUCUCGCUCUAAAUACAGCAUCCUCCGUGUAGCCUUAACAGACUGUUGGGACAAGUUUUGUUAGCAAACAGCACCUAUGAAGGCCGGCACAGCAUACGAAUGGGGUGGGCGGCCAACACGGCACCCGGCCGCCUUUGUCUAACCAGUGCUGAUAAUUAACACACUGCAGCAGGUACUUAUUUAAGGCUGAGUCGACCUAGGGGAGGCCCAGAACUUGUUUAGAUAUCAUCGAUGAUUGCCUUGAGUGGGAAUCGAACCCUAGUCACUGGUUUGUCGCGCAAUGCGCUAACCACCGCGCUUCCGCUCCCCCACACAUGCAGACACACGCGUGCCAUGUAACCAGUCACCUUCCCAAUGCGGGGAAACCACCAAUUGGUCGAUGACACGGCAUGACUCACUGCCUGCUGAUCCUAGGAAAAGGAGACUGGGUGAGGAUUCCUUUAUGUUAAACAAGUGGAAUGCUAUUAAUCUGCGGUCUACACACUCUCCGAAAGCUCCUGCGAUGUUGGUUUUGUAUUAGUCAUCAACCAGCAGCCAAAAGGCAACGUCUCGUGCACCCCGACUCCUGCAUGACGAUGUUUACACACCACACCAUACCAAGUACCCGGGCCCCGUCGAGCCGGGCCCGGAUUGCUCCUCCUGAAUGCCUCUCGCUCUGGCAGGCUCGUGUGACCCAUUUAUUUUCCGAGCUAGAUUUUAAUGCGUUUCUGGGACAUGGGCCGCCUGUGUGUGGUGUGUUGUGGGGGGCACGGUGCUUCUAUGUGGUAUAGGGUGGGGGGCACAGGGUGUAUUGUGGGGGGCA